UAGCAGAUGUCGUCCGAGCAGCAAGUCUUGAUGGACACGGACGCGGAGGACCGGAGGCAGCUGCUGACGCUGUCCACGGGGCAGAGGAUGACGUUGGCGGAGUACAAGCGGAGCCACCAGCCCCGCAUGCGGGUGCCGGGGGCGCAGCCUCAGCCCCAACCUGAGGAGUCAUCGAAACCUCAGUCAGCAAAAAUGUUAAUAUUCCUACAAAAUGGUGAACAGAGACUUAUCACAUUUACACUGCCUAAAGAAAGUUGUACGCUCCAAGAGGUUUUAGAACAGGUGAAUGUUCCAGUUUCCGAAGAUACACAUGUACAAUGUCUGCAAAACACAAGCAGCGAGAUAGAUUACUUUGUGGCAGUUGGUUCUACUUCCAGAAUUGAAGACUUGCUGGAAAACAAUCCGGUAAGACUAUAA